AUGGAAGGCAAAACUGUGAUUCUGAGUGUGCUCAUGAUGACUCUCUUCAUGGCGCAAAUCCAAAUCGAAGCAGCAAACAUAUGUUGCCCGAGCCUGAGUGCCAGAGCUACAUAUGAAGCAUGUUCUUUCGCGCCAAGCCAAUUUAUACCUUGUCUACCAUUGAGUGGAUGCAUGCCUGCUAAGGGAGAUGGUACUUGCCCUCCAGGAUAUCCUAAUGGCAUUCUAAAGAAGUCUGGUCAAAGUGAUGCUGUCAGUGAUUACUGCAAGUUAGGGUGUGGAUUAUCUGUGUGCGGUGCCAUGAACACUCUCCAGAACACUGACGCAAAGGAAAUUGUGAAUGGAGCGGUUAAGCAAUGCACCAAGGCAUGCUCUAUUAUAUGCCACAAGAGCUCUCUUGUAGCGGUUACAAGUGCCUAA